AUGAAAAGGGUGGUCGACGUGGUCCGUCGUUUGGUGGGCAGCGAGGCCGAAAACGGGGGGAAGAUCGAUUUCGAGAAGGCGGCUCGCCACGGAAUGCAAUGGAUGGAAGGAUGGAUGGAUGGAAAUGCAAAAUGGCCGAGACUCGGCUCCACACAAUUUCGCAUUGUCGUCGGCCGCAUCAUCGCCGCUUCUCGGGAGAGGCCUCCUCUUCUUUUCUUUUGUUUUUCCGUUUCAGAUUUUUUCGGGAAUCCAGCUUCGAGUGGAGAAGGAGGUAUAGUUUUUCGAAGAAAACACCAAAAAAUUUCUCUUCUUCUAGAGAUUUUGUAUAGUCUGCGUGCCACGAGUUGA